CAAAAAAGAACAAAUUAAAGCUUGUGAAGCAUUAUUAUAUUCAAACAAAAAAAAAAAAAGAAGUUUGAUUUGAACAUCAUGGAGGUUUUCUAUGCAUCAUUCAUUGGCCUCUUCGUGGUGUUUGUAUCAAUCUCCCUCCACUUCCUGUUCUACAAGAGCAAGCCCGGCGGGAACGGUACCCUCCCGCCGGGAAAGACAGGGUGGCCGUUGAUCGGCGAGAGCCUGGAGUUCCUCUCCGCCGGGUGGAAAGGGCAGCCGGAGAAGUUCGUGUUCGAGCGGAUGGCCAAGUACUCCUCCACCGUGUUUAGAACACACCUCCUAGGCGAAAAGGCGGCGGUGUUCUGCGGCCCCGCGGGGAACAAGUUCUUAUUCUCCAACGAGAAUAAGCUUGUCCAGGCCUGGUGGCCCGAAUCCGUGAACAAGCUAUUCCCAUCCUCCACGCAAACCUCGUCCAAAGAGGAAGCCAUCAAGAUGAGAAAAAUGCUCCCAACUUUCUUCAAGCCCGAGGCCCUCCAACGCUACGUGGGAAUCAUGGACGCCAUUGCCCAGCGCCACUUCUCCGGCGAGUGGGACGGCAAACACCAAGUCAUAGUUUUCCCCCUAGCCAAGCACUACACUUUCUGGCUCGCCUGCAAGAUCUUCGUGAGCGUGGGCGAGCCAGAGGCGGUCGCCCAGCUCGCCCUUCCUUUCAACGCCAUAGCCUCGGGGCUCAUUACCCUCCCCAUAGACGUGCCCGGGACGCCCUAUAACCGCGCGAUUAAGGCCUCCAACUUGAUCAGAAAGGAGCUGGUGGGCAUGAUCAGGCAGAGAAAGGUGGAUUUAGCGCAGGGGAAAGCCACGCCCAAUCAAGAUAUUUUGUCGCACAUGCUUUUGACAAGUGAUGAAAAUGGGAGGUUCAUGGGUGAAUCCAAUAUUGCUGAUAAGAUAUUAGGGUUGCUUGUUGGAGGCCAUGACACUGCUAGCUCUGCUUGCACUUUUGUUGUUAAGUAUCUUGCUGAGCUUCCCGAGAUCUAUCAUGGAGUCUACAAGGAGCAAAUGGAAAUCGCAAAUUCAAAAGCUCCAGGUGAGGUGCUGAGCUGGGAAGAUAUUCAGAAGAUGAAGUAUUCAUGGAAUGUUGCAUGUGAAGUUUUGAGACUUGCACCACCCCUCCAGGGAGCUUUUAGGGAAGCCCUUGCUGAUUUCAUGUUCAAUGGUUUCUACAUUCCUAAAGGAUGGAAGAUCUAUUGGAGUGCAAAUUCUACGCAUAGAAAUUCAGACUACUUUUCGGAACCUGAGAAGUUUAAUCCAUCGAGAUUUGAAGGAAGUGGACCAGGUCCCUACACAUUUGUGCCCUUCGGAGGAGGACCUAGAAUGUGCCCUGGCAAAGAAUAUGCACGAUUAGAAAUUUUGGUGUUCAUGCACCAUCUUGUCAAGCGAUUCAAGUUUAGUAAAGUGAUUCCAGACGAAAAAAUCGUCGUUGAUCCAAUGCCCAUUCCGGAAAAGGGACUCCCAAUCCGACUCUACCCUCAUAACAAGGAAAAUUAAUCAAGAAUUGAUGCAUGCAGGCUGAUGAAACUUCAAAUUUUAUGUAUUGAUAUCCUUAAAAAGGAAUUUUUAGGUCACGGAGUGCAAGAUUACGAAGGGUUAUGUGAAAUUAUGGGGAUGUAAAAUUAUUUUGUGAUACGUUUAAUUAAAAUUGUGAAAAUGUAAUAAUA